AUGAAGAUCCUCAUCACAGGCGCCGGCGGCUUCAUCGGCCAGUUCCUGGCGCGCGAGCUGCUCAAGAACCCCGAGCACCAGCUGGUGCUGACCGACGUGGUCGACUUUGCCGUGCCCAAGGGCGCCGCCCACCCACAGAACGCCAGCACGACCAAGGUGGACCUGCUGGCAGACCAAUCCAUCAUCACGCCAGACCUAGACGCCAUCUACCUCUUCCACGGCAUCAUGUCGGCGGGCUCCGAAGCCAACUUCGACCUGGGCCUGCGCGUCAACCUGGACGCCACGAAAAUCAUCCUGCAAAGGAUCCGCGAGGUCUGCACCAAGCGCGACGGCGGCGUGCGCGUCGUCUACUCAUCCAGCCAGGCCGUCUACGGCCGGCCCUUCCCCGACGUGAUCGACGAGUCCGUCUUCCCCACGCCCGAGGGCAGCUACGGCGCGCAGAAGCUCAUGUGCGAGCUGCUCGUCAACGACAUGACCCGCAAGGGCUACAUCGACGGCCUGUCCCUGCGGUUCCCCACCAUUAGCGUCCGCCCCGGCAAACCCACCGCCGCCGCCAGCAGUUUCAUCUCGGGCAUCAUUCGUGAGCCGCUCGCGGGCCAGGAGUGCGUCGUGCCCGUCAAGGACCGCGAUUUUCCCUCGUGGGUCUGCUCGCCCAAGACGCUCAUUGCGAAUCUCGUGCAUGCGUUGACGCUGCCGCGCGAUUGCCUGCCGAGUCAUAAGCGCACGGUCAAUGCGCCGGGGUUGCUGGCGACGGUGCAGGAUAUGUUGGAUGCGUUGGCCAAGGUGGGCGGGGAGGACAAGUUGAAGCUGGUCAAGGAGGUCGAUGACCCGGAGCUGGGCAAGAUUCUGUAUUCGUGGGCGUACAAAUUCGACAACUCGCUGGCCAGGAGUCUGGGCUACAAGCCGGACAGCAGCUUCGAGCAGGCGGUCAGGGACUAUGUGGAGUUUCUGGAGGAGGAGAAGAAAUGGGCGGCUUCAUAG